ACAGAAUUUAUGCAGAGCUGCUUUGGCCAAAGAAAUACAGUACAUGGAAAGAGAAUGGUACAGUUCAAACAAAUCUGAUAUUAGACGGGAUAUGUGCCAUCAAAGAGUGGUUUUACCAACCUGAAUAUAGCGAACGAAGAUCGCAGCUGGAAGUUCGCUGCAUUGAUGCGACACAUCUGUUGACACGCACACGACGAAAAAGCUGCCACGGAGGAUUAGAUAACUCGAGAAAAGAAAGCUGGCUUAAUGUAGCUAAAACGGGAAAGACAAGGCUUACACCGAUUAUGGUCGAGGAGGUUUCUGACCCGAUGUCUGCUUCAAUGGCUGCAACUUAUUUUUCAGAAGAAGUAGAACGUGAAAUGAUACAUUUAGGUGACGAGAAGACGGCCGAUCUUUGUCGUGACAUCAGAUUGUGGUGGGCAGCAGAGGAUACGGCCGGAAUCUCUGCAAAGGAUAGGGUGGUUAAUAGACUGAUGCUUCGAAAUAGACUCAUUAACAACUACGAUUUCGGUUCAUUUCCCCCAGCCACUAUGUAUAUCAAUGGAUGGCCCAUUCAGCUUUGGGAGGCGCUCAUCGCUCACAUCGACGCCAAAAUAAUUCUCUAUUCACUAUGUCAUGGAGGAACAUACAACGUCAGAGCCUUCAGUAGCUUGGCUGGUGAGACGUUUUUCUCCGAACUGACCUUAAACGACAGACGGGGGCAAGGCACGGUGACUACUGAAGAAUUUGGACGGUUUGUGGGUAAUUCCAUUGAGCAAAUGCAGGCUCGACUUGACCCGGAUAGGUAA